AAAUAACUGAAUUUGGCGGUAAAACAUGGUUGUAAGCAAUCCUUGCAUCAAUUUUCGAGUUGGAUAACUUCGUAAAUUCGUUCGUGACCAAGAGGCAAACAGAAAGUGUGUGCGUGUGUGUAUGUGUUUACAGUUCACGGGUUUCGAAGCGUGCUAAAAGAUUUAUAUCGAAAAAUUAUUCGCCUUUCCCUCAAUCUGAUUGUACAACGAACACUCCAAUGGAUAGUUGCAGUAUUCAUACGGAGGAUAGUGGGAGAGAUGUGCGAACGGAAUCACCACAAUGCAGCAGAAGAAAGAAGCAGCUCUUGAACAUAAACUGUUGUACUACUAGCAAGAAGCGAACUGCAUUCCGUCGGUGCCGUCCAGGUGAUGGAUUUUCGAGGCCAGAAUCUUCCAAACUCAAACCGUGCAAUGCAUUCACACCUUUAAGUGAACUAAGACAAAUACACAUAAUUGGACCGAGUGAUAUCUGCAACUCGUUUGAGGCAAACCAAAGUUUUCCGCGUGUUGGCAGAAGCUGUAUCCGAUACAGUGGACAACUCAGCCGAGCGUCGUUCGUAAGUAAAAUAAAUUCUCCCUCACGGCUGAGCUGGUACUCGAUGGCGAACAUGGAUCGGGUUCGUGUGGAUGGUUCCAAUGGUGUCCGAUUUACGGCCUUCCGUCCGAAGGGUGGCUGCUAUCCGCAUGGUGUAUCGUCACCGUACAACAAUUCGUACAUUGCAUCCACGUCGGAGUCCAUAGGCCGACUGCCGAAAAGUGACAUCAACCCGAACAAGGCGGUCUUUACCAUCGAUUCGAAAACGUCCCGAAUUUUGAUCGUCAACCGGAAUGCCUGCGAGUUGCUAGGAUACAACUCGAAGGAGCUGUGCGAAAUGGAGUUUACCAGCCUACUGUUGAACAAAAACAAGAUGCACGUAUCGGCUUUGGCAGAGGGCCAGCUGAACAGUGAGGACGGCACGGUGAUAAUCCUGAGCGGAAAGGUGGUUGAACUGUGCACAAAAUACGACAAGAAUGUAGCCGUUUCGCUGUGGGUUCGGCAGAUCGACACCGAGGGCCACAGAUGCCUAGCCGUGGCAGAACCCGUGGAACGACGAAUAGCCCAAGUGGUGAUCGAUCAGGCUGGGUACAUUUUGUCGGGCGAUAACGAGGCCUUGAUGCUUUUUCAACUGGACUCGAUCGAUAAGUUUGUUGGAAUGGAAGUCGCGCUACUAAUACCGGCCAUCCAGCUACCCGAUCCAGAUUCCAGUCUUAUCGCGAAGCAUAUCAGAAAACAGAAAGCGACCGGCAAAACACAGGACGGUGUUUCUUUUCCGCUGUGUUUGAUGAUUUCACGCCACGAAAACGGCACCGACACCACGGACAGUGGACUCUCCAAUCCCGGCGCACUCCUGUACAUGGUCACGAUCUGGGUGUACACCAACCUGUCCGGGUUGUUGGUUAUCGAUGAAAAUUCCGUCAUAGAAUCGUGUAACCAUCACUUUUCCAUGCUUAUGUUUGGAAUUCCGCAAAGCAAGACGAUCGGGGAGCACAUCACCAAGCUAAUACCCAACUUCGGCCAGGAGAGCGAUUGCUUGACGCGAAGUCGAAACGCGACACUGUCCUCGCUCGAUAACGACGAAUCGGAAACGGAAACCGAUCACGUGGAGCUGGAGAACAGCAAGGGCGAUUUCCUACAAUCGAGUGCAUUGCAUGAUAUAAAACCAUCCCACUGCGAAAGCGUCAGUCCGGCGAAGGAACCUCGCAAGGUGUGUCUAGAUUUUACGAAUGCUUCACAAACCGGAAAGCGAUCGUCGUUCAGCAUGGCUGCUGUAUCGAGCACGAUCCCCGGUGAAUCAAUGACAGAGGACCAUCCAGUCGCAGAACAAGUGGUCGCAAAUGGUAGCGAAUAUGUGACCGACGAACCAUUAAACCAGCACAACAUAGUUGUGGUGGUGUCGGAUAAAAUGGUCUACGUAGAGGACAAUAGCGAAAACAAUCGAAAUUAUGCAAACGUAUCAAUCGCACAAAACUCCCAUGCCUUAAAGCCGUGCACUUCUUCAUUAGCGCCAACAGCAACAGUAGGAACAGCAUCUGAAAAUGUAACAGUAUCAAGCAAUGUAUCAGCAGCAGCAGCAGCAGGAGCAGCAGGAGCAGCAGGAGCAGCAGCAGCAACUGGUAACGAAGAGGUAGCCAAUAAGUUUAGUAGUGUCUUAGCGUCGGAAGAUUAUGUGAACCUGCCGGAAAGCGAUUUGCUCACGCCAGUCAACGAAAACUCACUGUGCAUGAAUUUGCUACACACCAAAAAUGUGUCCAUCAACGAAACGAAAAGUCCGCUGUACACUUCGGAGGAUAUAAACGUGGCCCUGCUUAAGGACAGCACGCCGGCCAGCGCGCCCCCGGUUAUGGUUACUCCACGCUUUAUAAAACCGUUCGAACACGUUAAGGGACAGGGUUCGCUAGUGACUUCCACGCCGGAUCAGCACAAACGUCACUCGGCCGGCGGUAUUAACGACAUAAUCCGGCACAUGGCAAUAUCUACCAAACGGAUGUCUUACGUGGACGGGAAGUACAGAGGAGAGGCAAUUCAUUACGAUGGCAAUGUGAUCGAUAUUAUCUACACCAUCUCCAGCCAGAUGCUGCCCUGCGGUCGUAAGGUCUAUUGCAUCUGGAUCAGUCGAGACCCGGAAUCUUCGUACAACAAUCUGGAAGAGGCGAACGUCACGCUUACUUUUAACAGUAUUACCAGCACGAUCGACAACUCGCUGGGCCAGCAAGGGAAAAGUGCGAAUGCGGCGACCGCGGCAGUGAACGCCAGUCAAAGCCGACCGAACUCCGUAUCGCUGGUGUCGCAAUGUGAAGAGGAGCAGGUGUUUGGAGAGUACAAUAAACACUACACAACGAUAAAGCAGAUCGGCAAAGGUGCGUACGGGUACGUGAAGCUGAGCUACCGCAACACGGACCGCCUGCUGGUUAUAUCGAAGUUCAUACUGAAGGAGAAGUUGUGCUCCAACUUUAUGAUCGCUACAGAGGAUAAGAAGGAAAUCCCGAUGGAAAUAUAUCUGCUGACGCACGUGAAGCAUCCCAACAUCGUGACCGUGUUCGAUGUGUUUGAAAACGAAAAAUUCUUCCAGCUCGUCAUGGAAGUGCACGGUUCCGGGAUGGAUCUGUUCGAGUUCAUCGAUCGGCGGCCAGCGUUAACGGAAAAGCUUGGGUGCUACAUUUUCCGCCAGAUUGCCAAUGCGGUCGACUAUCUCCAUUCGCUAAACAUACUGCACCGCGAUAUUAAGGACGAAAACAUCAUAAUCGACCAGCAUUUCCACGUGAAGCUAAUCGACUUUGGGUCGGCCACGUUCAUGCAGGAGGGCAAGCUGUUUUCCACCUUCUACGGCACAACGGAAUACUGCAGUCCCGAAGUGUUGGCCGGAAACAAGUACGCCGGUCCGGAGCUGGAAAUGUGGUCGCUAGGGGUGACGCUGUACGUGCUGAUGUUCUUCGAAAACCCGUUCCUGGACAUCGAGGAAACGCUCAAGUCGGAAUUAAUUAUACCGCAAGAGAUUAGUCCCGAGCUGGAGUAUGUGUUGCUGGCGUUGCUCGAUAAAAAUCCCAAAACGAGAAUAACGAUGAAGCAAUUAAUCGUUACCGAAUGGUUGACCCAGGACAUCAAUCCAAGCACGUUCAACUUUGCGCAAAUUGUUCCCUGCGAACCGUACGAGGUGAACCCGGAGAAGUACUACAACGGACAGAUUUACUCCAGCCAAACCGGACUCUCCACAUCGCCGCACAGUCUGUCGUUGGUGGACGAUGAGGAUGAAGGUGACGAUGAGGAUGAGGACGAACCGCAUGCCCACAUUGAUGAUUCUUUCGUUGAUCCGGAAGAGCUGCAAGACGACGAUGUUUGUCCGUUGUCGCACGAUGAUGAGCGAACGCCGGAACGAUCUUACGAAACAUACAGUGUGCGCGAUACGCAUGCUGCUAGUGCUGUAUUGGCCAAAGGAAUUCAGAAUCUCUCUCUGCAAGAAAAUAAUGACCCAAAAUCGUCUGCUUCCUGCACUAGUCAAAGCAGCGGCAAAACCGAUCCCGCGACAGCUGCCGGCGUAGUUAGUACAGAUCAGGCAGAGGUGCAGCAGCAACCGUCCGGCGAACGUCACGAGCUAAGCGAGAGUGAUUCUUUAACCGCGCUCGAGGAAGUGGCAGACUCCACGAAUCGAACGAAAUGCAAUUAUGGCGGGAUGGUGAUGAAGCAAAGCUUAAAGGAAACAGACAACCUGCAGCAACAAACCCAUCAUCCUGGCGAUGGUGACAAAAGCAAUAGUGAAAGUUUAACAGGUGGUUGUGCACUGCUUGAGAUGAACCUUGCGGGCGCGAAGCAGGAUGAGAACGGGCCCACGAUCGAUAGCGAUUAUGACCACGACAGUUUCGAGGAGGAUUGCUAACGAAUGCUUUUUAUGAGCAGCAAUUACAGACACACGUUCAAAUACGGCCUUUUGCUAUCGAAAAUGUGGCGAGAAUACUCAUUUACAGUAAGUGUUACUAUCUGAAUUCUUUCAUCUACGCACGCAUUGCAUUCACAGUAGCGCGUUAGCAGUAGGUCUUUAGAGUGGAGAAGCAUAACGCAGCUUGGAUGAGACGAAAGCAAUGGCAGGCAAAAACAAUAGUCAUGCUAAAGCAUGCUCCGUGUAGGUUAAUUAGCACAAUUGCUGGCCCCGUCGUGCUGUGCCGUUAGUCAGAGGACACCACGCUCGCGCCAUUAGUAGAAAAUGCUGUUUCGUCUCCAUCUUUUAAUCGUCGCUGCAUACGUACUAUUAUUAUACGAUAUUAUAGAAAGAUACAAUUUAUACCGUUGUUACAACACAUGAUGGGAUGAUAAGAAGAAAUGUAUAAACAAUAUCCAAAGAAAUGUUAUUAAAAGUUUGGCGCGAACUACACUCGUUGUAAAUAAGAGGAAAAA